AUGCGAUGGGACGACUGGGGUGACUGUGAUACAAAUAGGCAACUACAGAAGCGAGAAGCCCACUGUUACUUGGUUCGAAAAGCUGGCUACGAAAUUCCUAUGAUUGAGAAGGAACUGCCAGACGAGUAUAAGUGGAUGACAAGGCUGAACGCUUUGUUUGAUCGAGAACCAUUUCGCUCGAAAGGAGUUCGUCUUUAUAGCUCUCUGCUGGCUUCAUUAUUCGUCAAGGAAGACGUGAUGAAAAGAUGUCACUAUGAGAAACGGCGUUUGGAGACAGAUCGGAUAUGGCGAAUGAUCAUACGUAGCAUGGGCGUGACAAAUAUUGAAGGCAAAGUGCAGGGAAAAAUUCCUGAAUUGGACGAAAACGGCAAAUACAGGCUGAAACCACAGGCAUCGCUACGACUCACAAAUCCUUUUCAUGCUUGUAUGAUGUGA